CUUCAAACUUCCAAUCUCCAAAAAGAUACCAUAUUUCCAGUUCAUAACAAACAAACGCCAUUUAUGUUGUUGGUCGCUUGAUUCGUAGACAGGGACAUAGCAUAGCAACGAGAAAUCAGAGACCAUGGACAUCCUCAAGCCCAAACAGUCCCAACAGGCCCAAUCCGAUGGACUGCUUGUCUGGAUCGAUUGUGAGAUGACGGGCCUGGAUCCCGAAAAGGAGGAGAUUCUCGAGAUCCAUUGCCUAAUCACCACCGGAGACCUGGAAUUACUGGACGAGGAAGGCUGGGGCACGGUGAUACACCAUCCAAAAUCGCGGCUCGAUCAGAUGGACGAGUGGUGCACACGCACCCACGGGACGACAGGGCUUACGGAUGCCGUGCUCGCAUCGACAACGACUCCCCAACAAGCCGCCGAGGGCCUGCUCGCGUAUAUCAAGCGACACGUGCCGGAACAGCGCACGGCGUUGCUGGCCGGCAACAGCGUGCACGCCGACCGGGCAUUCCUGGCCAAGCCCCCGUACGCCGCCGUGCUGGAGUACCUGCACUACCGCCUACUCGACGUAAGCACCAUCAAGGAGGCCGUGCGGAGGUGGUGUCCGCCGGUCGUGCUGCUCGUGGCGCCCUGGAAGAAGGGCGUCCAUCGCGGGAGGGAGGAUAUCCUGGAGAGCAUCGCCGAGGCGCGGUACUAUCGUGAUGCCGUAUUUGGCCUUACGUGGAAGGGAAAGGAUGUCGAAGGAGAGGAGACACCGGCGAGCGAGAAGGAUGCGGAGGAGGCGUGGGCGGAUAAUUUGCUUUGAGCGGAGGGGUUUUUUCAGGGGCGGCGUCUCUCGUGUCAACUUCUGUCACGGAGUACUUCUAAACGUAGCUUUACUAUGGGAUUAAUU